AGAACAUUACAAAAACUUCAAAGACGAAAAACGCCCAAAGCGAAAUUUUCUGGAGAAGAGCAGAUCAGGAUUAGAAGGGAAGGAUCCCUCCCACGCGACCUGCUCCAUCCAUCUCCGAAACCCCUUCUGUUCUACAGAGUUACCUAAAGCAAGGACCAAUUUCUGAACCUUCAAGCCACUGUUUCUCUCCCUGUUGACCGGCCACCAAAUUCGCCUCCAGAAAAGAAUCCGUUCGUCCCCGACCGUUCGAAUCCUUCAGUGUUACUCCCUCCUUACACCACAAACCAGCACAUGUGCUCUCCCAAAAGAAGAACCGCCACCGGCCAGAAUCUAGAUCUGUUUUCUUCCCCUGAUUUUUUUCGGUUCCUCCCUUCUAGCCAGGCUUCUGUGGCCGUUCAGUGGCCAGAACCCCUUCCCUCUUCAAUGGCUUUUUGGUGAUACUGACCAGCAAAGAUGGUGGGGAAAAACCAGAUCUGAUGACUGCGGGAAUGAUGGUCCUCCAUGACUGGCAAAGAAACAGACUGCCCUUUCUUGUUCCUCCCUCAUCAACCUGAGGAUGGCUUGUCAGAAUCACAUACCGUUCAUGGGAUAGAUGAAGAGACAGUGGCUAAUAAUAGUCUGGCAUAUUUGCAGCACUUGAAGUCAUAACAAUCACAAAUGUAAUCUCAUCCCAGCAGCAAAGAAGUGUGCCUAUUCAAAGGAAUCUCUUCUUCAGUGAGAAAGAAAUACGGAGUAAAAAUGAUGAGACAGCCAUUGAACUUCCUAAUGUUGUUGAGACUGGAGAUCAAGAAGAGCUAACAUGAGGGAGAUGCCAAGUUCCAGCAGCUGAGGUAGACGUAUCCCUGGAUGAACACAUAGCUCUCUUUUUGUGGUUAGGAAUUAUUAGUUUCGAGUCCAACAUAUCUGUUAUCUUACAAAAUGAUGAGUUUUAGUUAUAUCUCGUGUAAAGUCAUCCCUGCAAAUUCAUUCUGGGAUUUUUGAUCCAUGUUACUAACAGGUUAAUGAGGUUUGGGAGAGUGUUUUAAUAGUUGAGUUUAUAAUUUCUGAAUUUCUGUAUGAAAUUUGUUGGAUUAGUUGGAGAGAGAGAGAGUGAGGAAGGUCUCUUUUGGGGCUUAGUUUGGGAAGAUAGGUUUGGAGGUUUCUGACUAAAGUUGCUUAGAAUGGCAGAAAACUCCGGUAGUGAUAAAGAACUGAGGUCACUGGCACUAACACCAACAUGGUCUGUUGCUACCGUGUUGACAAUAUUUGUGGUGGUUUCUUUGGUUGUGGAACACUCAAUUCACCGCCUGAGCAAUUGUUUGCGGAAAACCAACAGAAAACCUUUGCUUGCAGCUGUAGAGAAAAUGAAAGAAGAGUUAAUGCUGCUUGGCUUCAUAUCCCUCUUUCUAACAGCCACCUCAAGCACAAUCGCCAAUAUUUGGAUUCCAUCAAAGUUCUACGAUAGCACUUUUGCUCCUUGUACCAGGAAUUAUAACCGUUUGGCCGGAUUCAUAGUUGGAGGGCAUGGGAAGAAGAAGCUCAUAUGGACCGACACAAUUCAUUACACAAAAUUACACGAGAGCUCACAACGCGAAGGCAAACCACUUUUGUCAGAUACCAUACAUCAAACCCCUUUGCCAAAAAUAGGUUUCUGAUCUGGGUGACUUGUUUCUUCAGGCAAUUUGGAAACUCAGUUGUUCGUGCAGAUUACUUGACACUGCAAAAGUGCUUCAUCAUGAUAUUGCAUCAUCUUGGUGAAAUCCAUACUCUACUUCAAAGAGUAAAGCAUAGAUUUACAUUAAAUAUUCCUAAGCAAUCAGUGAAAUUUGCUAUCUGCGAUUGAAGAAGCUGUAUAUCUCAAUUCUUAACUAGGUAUGUAAGAGUUUCUUUUCUUCCCAGGUUGCAUUCUUCUCUUUGUCCUUUUUUUUUUUUUUUUUUUCUUUUUCUGUUGUAUUAGAUGAUAGGUUAUAGGCAUUUUUCAUUUUUCAAAUCUUUUCCCAACUAAUAAAAGAUUUAUAUCUAA